AUGGCAGAAGAAGAGCAAAGUAAGUGUCCAGUUGACCACUCUACCAGAGAUGCUUGGUUGAAGAAAGCAAAAACUCCACCAGAACCGGUUCCUGUUCCAAAUGACCAACCGAAAUGUCCUGUAGAUCAUGAUGCUAGAUCCGACUGGUUAAGCAAAGUUUCAGUUGUACAAACCACCAAACAAGAACCGGAAGCUAUAGAAGUAAGUUCCACAGCUACUUGUAGUUCGGACAAAUUGGACAGUUCACCUACCGAAAUCAACGAUAAAAACUCCAAGCUCCCAACUGAGAGAGAGGUUAGUUCCAUUCCUCGUACCUCUGGUCAAUCAAAUUGGAUAUAUCCAUCUCAGAAGCAAUUCUUCGAAGCAAUGAAGCGUAAAAAUUGGAAUCCUGAGGCACAGGAUAUGAAAACAGUUGUACCUAUACAUAAUGCGGUUAAUGAAAAAGCAUGGCUGCACAUUUUAAACUGGGAAAGAUCACAUUAUCAGCAAUCUUUAGAACAGUGUGGUGGCAUAAAGUUGACAAGUUUCAAAGGUGACCUGAAAAAGCUUACUCCAAGAGCAUGGUUCAACUCGACUAUUUUAGGAUACGAGAAGCCCUUCGAUAGACACGAUUGGAUAGUCGAUAGAUGUGGAACAGAAGUAGAAUACGUUAUCGAUUUCUACGGCGGUAAUGGAGAAGGUGCAAGCUUCUUCUUGGAUGUAAGGCCAAAACUUAAUAAUUGGGAAGGAGUAAAAUUACGUUUGGGAAGAGCCUUUGGUUGGGAAUAG